CUCUCUUCUUCCUAAGCAGUUCUUUUAUAUAGAAGAUCUAAUGAGCUGGUCGCAGGCUCAGAGCUACUGCCAACAGACAUACACAGAUCUGGUUUUUGUGUACAGUGAGGAGGAUCUAGUCAAACUGGAAGCUUCUCGUCCUCUUUUAGCCUAUGGUUAUGCAUGGAUAGGGGGGUAUGAUAUGAAAUCAGACUAUUCUGACUCACAAAACAUUACGGAAAGUGACAAUACCACGACUCACAGCACAAGCUCGGACUGUCUCGCACUAAACAUUUUUUCCUGGAAACGGGUCAAAAAAGAUUGCGAAAUGCCAUUUUCAUUUUACUGCAGCAGAAAUGAAGGCAAAAGGGUGGUGUUGCGAAUGCAGGUGAAGCCUGGUGGACAAGUGAACACCCAGGACCCUGUAAUUAGGGUGAAGAUGUUAGCUAAGAUCAAUGAUAAAUUGAACAAACUUGGGCUUGGCGAUGCUAUCAAAAUACGGUGGCUCACAAGGCGGGAAAAACAGAGGAAAAACAGUGACAAUAACACUUGCACUUUGGAUACUCCCUCCAAGGAUCCCCCACCGGACAAGCGAAUCUUCACCACAACACACACUCCCAGCUGUGUGUUCCAGGAUGUGGACGAGAGGCCGUUUCCCAUUACUAUUAUACCUGGCCCAGAUUUGAAUGGCAAACACCUGGGGGGUCCUGCUUACAACCUGCAAUUCCCCAAGAUCGACCAUUCCAUGGCUCGGCUAGCCCCAGAAGAUUGA